AUGGAGCACGAUUAUUGUAGAUUUGUGAAAAAGUGUCAUAAAUAUGAAGUACAUCGUGAUUUGAUCCGAGUACCCCCUCACAAACUUAAUGCUAUAGGAUCGCCUUGGCCAUUCGUGGCCCAGGGCAUAGAUGUCAUUGGCUCAAUUGAGCCACUCGCCUCUAAUGGACAUAGAUUCAUUUUGGUUGCCAUUGAUUACUUCACAAAGUGGGUGGAGGCAACUUCUUGUAAAUCGGUGACGGAGAAGGUAGGAGCUGAUUUUGUUCGUAACAACUUGAUAUGUCAAUUUGGACUACUUGAUUCCAUUAUUACAAACAAUGGUGCAAACCUCAACAGUCAUUUGAUGAAGGAGAUAUGUGAGCAAUUCAAUAUUACUCACCAAAAUUUGAAUACUUAUCAUCCUCAAAUGAAAGAAGCCGUAGAAGCUGCCAAUAAGAACAUCAAAAAGAUCUUGAAAAAGAUUAUAAUCACAAGGAUCAUUCAAGAAACUGAACUGAGAAAUGUUGAUUGGGUUCGUAAUCGGAUUGAACACUUAGCCUUAAUUGAUUUAAAGAGGAUGACCGUUGUUUGUCAUGGCCAAUUAUAUCAACAGAGAAUGAUUCGUUCUUUCAAUAAAAAAGUGAGAUCUCGAACAUUUGAAGAAGGACAAUUGGUCCUCAAACGCAUCUUCCCCCAUAAAGAUGAGUAUAAAGGGAAAUUUGCACCAAAUUCACUAGGACCAUACAUGGUUCGUAAAGUGUUAACUGGAGGUGCCUUGAUCCUGCCAGAAAUGGAUGGCCAGGAGUGGCCAAAACCAAUCAACACAGGUUCUCUAAAGAUAUACUACGUCUCUAUGUUUGGAGAUUAG